UCCCAGAUUGGGAUCUGUUAGACAACUUGGAAAUUAGCUGUUUAUUUUAUCUCAUUGUCAAUUUAAGAACUAUGCAAUAUAAACUAAACUCUCUAGCAAAGAAGCAAUCAUUCAUCAGAAAAUGGGUUCAGACUCUCAUUACGAGAUUCCAGCCAUAGAAUUCUCAACCUGUUCAGCUAAACUGGACCGCGGAACUGAAAAGUGGUUCAGUUUGUGCAAGAGGGUAAGAGAGGCUUGUGAAAACUAUGGUUUUUUUGAAGUAGUAUAUGAUAAAAUACCUGUAGAGUUUAGAGCAGAGGUCUUCUCUGUGACGAGGGAAUUUUACAGCCUUCCACUUGAGACAAAGAAAAAGAAUGUCAAUCCAAAGUCUUUCCAUGGUUACUAUGGACAGUUCCCCCAGGCUCCUUUGUACGAGAGCUUUGCCAUUGAAGAUGCCUCCAACUAUGAAUCCCUUACAAGCUUCACACACCAAAUGUGGUCUGAUGGUCAUGACCAGUUUAGCAACACUAUGAGUGGCAUGGUGAACAAGCUGGAUGAGCUGAAGGAAAUGAUUGACUUGAUGAUUCGUGAUAGCUAUGGUUUGGGAGAGAAUCCAGAUUCGAUCAUGCCAAGCAAGACGAAGAUACGAGUACAGAAAUACAGUGCACCUCCAUCAGGGGAGUAUAUGAAUGGGCUCAAUGCUCACACUGACAAACAAUGGACUGCAAUCCUUUGUGAUAAUCAAGUUUCAGGGCUUGAAUUUGAAACUAAAGACAGAUCACAAUGGCUCAAGUUGUAUCUGCCUCCUACUUCCUUUGUCUUUAUUGUUGGAGAUUCUCUUAUGGCAUGGAGUAAUGGAAGGAUGCAUUCUGUAAAGCAUCGAGUCAUGAUGUGUGGAGAAAAAGAACGAUAUUCGUUUGGAGUAUUUGGAAUUCCAGUAGAGGGUACCAUCAUCAAGGCACCAAAGGAGUUAGUAGAUGAAGAACAUCCACAACUCUUUAAAGACUUUGAGUAUAUGGAUUUUACCAAGUUUAGCACUUCGAAGGAAACAAUGGCUUCAAUGGAGUCAGCUGUGCAUAUUUGGGCUUUUGCAGGAAUCAGUAGCUGACUAGCUAUCUAGCUCUUUACAACUUUAUAUAUAUCUGCAACAAAUAAUGAUGCAUAAGGAAUCAGUACCUAGCUAAAAACCCUCUUAGGAGGUGUUAUGUUGUUGGUGUUAUUUGAUGUUUUGUGUGGCUUUGAGAUUUUGUUGAUGAUGGGAUCAACUUGAACGUUCUUGCAAUUGGGUGAUUUGGUUUCUUUCCGGGCUCAUGUCGGAAAGCCGGUGAUCAAGAACUGCCGCUGGCUAUCGGCGAUGUCAACAACUGCCGCUGGCUACUACUAUAGUUGGGCUUGUUUUGCUUUUCUUUUCAAUUUGUUUGUAAUUUUGGCCCAAAGUCUAUUUGGUUUUUUUCUUCUUCAAAAUGAACAUAUGUAUGCCCUUUUGUUCUUGGUAAACAAGCCAAUGUUUGAAUAUAUUCAAUAUUUGAAUUA